AUGAGCGCAGAGGAGCGUGAGCCAUAUGUGUGCCAAGCCAAAGCCGCGUCCAAGGUCCAGGUGGAAAAAUGCGAUCCGCGGAAAGAAGAAACACGCGAAAUGCAGCGCCACAUUGAACGCAUAAUCUCUGGGGCAAAAAGUGCACUUGAUCUCCAGCAGCAGGAGUACAAUAUUGUUGCCUUUAACUAUUUCGCCAACACUGGGAGAGUGUACGUCCCCGCUGAGUAUGCCACCUGCCGUUACUCUCUCAAGGAAGGCAUCAGUGCGGAGUACAGUACCCUAAUUGAUCCGGGGCAACUCAUCUUUGGGCAAAGCCACCAGGCCAGGCAACAUUCGCGGGAUACCCAUAAGUUGCCCUUGCACCCGAAUGCCUUGGGCACGAAAAUGGGGAAACUGUAUAAGAAAUUCAUUGAUGGAUUUCCAGAGGUCUGUGAAGGAGAACCGAUCAUUAUGUACACCACCACCGAUCAAAUACCGAUGGUAAAGGCCUGCUUUGCCUAUUUGGAGUUCAAGCAACGUGACAGCUACUGCAUUCCAUUAUUUGUAUAUUCGUGUGGUUAG